AUGACCUAUAGCAUUGCCAUUUAUACUGUAAAGGCAGAAUUUAAUACAGAUGUUCAAUGCCUUACAUGCAUAUGCUUUAUAUACACUGGAGAAGUUGUGCAUCGAAUGUUAACAGCCACACAGUACAUAGCACCUCUGAUGGCAAAUUUUGACCCCAGUGUAUCCAGAAAUUCAACAGUCAGAUACUUUGACAAUGGCACAGCUCUUGUUGUUCAGUGGGAUCAUGUCCAUCUCCAGGAUAAUUACAACCUGGGAAGCUUCACGUUUCAGGCAACACUCCUCAUGGAUGGACGCAUCAUCUUCGGAUACAAAGAAAUCCCUGUCUUGGUCACACAGAUAAGCUCGACCAAUCAUCCGGUGAAAGUGGGACUGUCUGAUGCAUUUGUCGUUGUCCACAGGAUCCAGCAAAUUCCCAAUGUUCGAAGAAGAACAAUUUAUGAAUACCACCGAGUAGAGCUACAAAUGUCAAAAAUUACCAACAUUUCAGCUGUGGAGAUGACCCCAUUACCUACUUGCCUCCAGUUUAAUGGUUGUGGUUCCUGUGUCUCUUCUCAGAUCGGAUUCAACUGCAGUUGGUGUAGUAAACUUCAAAGAUGUUCCAGUGGAUUUGAUCGCCAUCGGCAGGACUGGGUGGACAGUGGAUGCCCUGAAGAGUCAAAAGAGAAGAUGUGUGAGAACACAGAACCAGCAGAAACAUCUCAAACCACCACAACCGUAAGAGCGACUACCACACAAUUCAGGGUCUUGACGACCACCAGAAGAGCUGCGACAUCCCAGCUGCCCACCAGCCUCCCCACAGAAGAUGAUACCAAGAUAGCACUACAUCUAAAAGAUAAUGGAGCUUCUACAGAUGACAGUGCAGCCGAGAAGAAAGGGGGGACCCUCCACGCUGGCCUCAUCAUUGGGAUUCUCAUCCUGGUCCUUAUUAUAGCUGCAGCCAUCCUUGUGACAGUCUACAUGUAUCACCAUCCAACAUCAGCAGCCAGCAUCUUCUUCAUUGAGAGACGUCCAAGCAGAUGGCCUGCUAUGAAGUUUCGAAGAGGUUCUGGACAUCCUGCUUAUGCUGAAGUUGAACCAGUUGGAGAGAAAGAAGGUUUUAUUGUAUCAGAGCAGUGCUAAAAUUUCUAGGACAGAACAGCACCAGUACUGGUUUACAGGUGUUAAGACUAAAAUUUUGCCUAUACCUUUAAGACAAACAAACACACACAAACAAAGGAGCCCUAAGCUGCUGUAGCCUGAAGGAGACGAGAUUUCUGGACAAGCCCAGCCCAAGAAGGGCAAAAGAAAAACUAAAACAUAUACAAGAUACCAUUUACACUGAACAUAAAAUUCCCUAGUGGAAUGACAUCUAUAGUUCACUCGGAACAUCUCCUGUGGACUUACCUGAAGUGUGACAAGAUUGCAAUGCUUUUGGCUUAGGUGCAGGGUUGCAAAGGGAUCAAGGACAAAUAAUAAUAAUAAAGCUUUAGUUUACAAGGGAUCUAUACCUUUUGUUCAAAUGUUCUUCUCUGAUGUCUCAAAGAUAACUGUGUUCCACAGCCUGAACUCUCUCACUCAAAGAGCAAUGACGAAUGUUUCCAAGGUUGCUAGAAAAAACAGCUCAGGCAGGAGCGAAAACACAGACAAAAUAAGAGAUUUUCUAUUGUUUCAAGAGAGGUGUGUGGCACAAGGAUUUUGUUUUUCUGAUUGGUCUAGAUCCAUCUGUACCAACAAGUUCAUUACUUUACAUGAUGAAUCUUUUAUCUGUACAGGAGGUUCAAACUGUGUCUGCCUCUUCCUUGAUAAUGAAUGCCCUUUCUAGGAGCUGUGACAAAAUUUCCAAACUUUUAGCUAAGGAUUAGGGAAGAGGGAGUAGCAAAUGAGACUUUCUGUUCUCCUGCCUCAGAAUAAAACAUCUGACUUGUUUUAAGCAGCAUUGCCUCCGUUUUCCAACUGUGAAGUCCCAUGAAGCCACAGUUGCUCUUGGCUGACGGAAACAAAAGGAAACAGUACAAUGACUUCCUUAAUCAUUUUUGAAACAAAAAUGAUAAGGGAUUUUAAACAUACUUUUUUUAGAAAAAAACUUGUAUGCCAUUUCAGUACUAAAGACCCAUUUCAUUGUCGAUUCCUGUCUUAAGAAGCCAUUCAAGUCAGCAUGGCAAUAAAAGAAUGAAAGAACCCUGCUGAAUCAUACAGUAAUUUUCUUUAAAGCACAUAGUAGUUACAUAAAUAUAUAUAUAAAUAUAUUUUUGUUUAUAACUAACACAAGGCAGGCUCUUGUGACUCUAAGAGUGAAUUUUGUCAUCAAGACAAAACAAAUGCAAGAUGCAUCACUGCAUUACUUCCAUAGAGUUGUAAAAUAAUCCUUAAUAUUAGAAUAUUUUUAUGUCACUGAGCAAAAGUGGUUCAAUUAAUUGCAGUACCCAUCAUGUUCCUGCCUAUUUGAUCCACUUUUUUAUUCAUAUCAACCCCUUCCCUCCCUGACUAAUUAAAACAAAUGCAGAAAGCUCUUUA